AUGGUCGGGGCCGACGGUGCCAAAGUCAGUAACUCAAUCGAUGGUCUGGCUAUUUGUCCGGAGGCUGCACAUAAGAUGCGUUACCGCUUGCUUGUGUGCAGCUCCCAGGCGACCAGUGAGGCGAGCUCAAUCAAACGCGCGUGGCAAGGAAAGAUCAUGACGUACCUGGAGACCGACCACGCCUCAUUCUCCGAGUACAGCGACCACAACACUUUUGUGGCAACGUCUCCAAGGCGGAAGAAGCCCACGCCAUCGCGGAUGACCUACUACCGGGAGCUCGCGGAGAAUCAUUUGUGA